AUGCCAGGAAUCCAUCCUGGAGUUAUGUCACACAAGCUGUCCAUUUUCCGAGAAGCACGACCCGUCGCACAAAAGAAACGACGAUUCGGAGAAGAGAAGCGUAAAGCCAUCCAGGUCGAGGUGGAAAAGUUGAUGAACGCCCGGUUCAUCAAGGAGUUAACCUACACUACGUGGUUGUCGAACGUAGUUAUGGUCAAAAAGUCGAGUGGUCAGUGGAGAAUGUGUGUCGAUUUUACCGACCUCAAUAAAGCGUGUCCCAAAGAUUCAUAUCCUUUGCCUAGCAUAGACCGCUUGGUAGACGGAGCAUCCGGUCAUACCAUACUCAGCUUCCUCGACGCAUACUCGGGAUACAACCAAAUCCCCAUGUACGCACCCGACCAGAGCAAAACAGCCUUCAUCACUGAACAGGCUAAUUACUGUUACGAAGUAAUGCCAUUCGGUUUGAAGAACGCAGGGGCUACCUAUCAACGUCUAAUGGAUAAAGUCUUCCAUCAACAGAAAGGACGUUGCAUGGACGUCUAUGUCGAUGACAUGGUAAUCAGGAGCAACUCUAUGGAACAACACCUGCGUGAUAUAAAAGAAGUAUUCGGCCAAAUCAGCAGGUACAGCAUGCGUCUCAACCCUUCCAAAUGUACUUUCGGAGUUCCAGCAGGAAAAUUCUUGGGUUUCAUGCUUACCAGUCGAGGCAUCGAAGCUAAUCCAGAUAAAUGCAAAGCCGUGCUCGACAUGAUUUCUCCAAAGACUCUGAGGGAGGUACAACGUUUGGUGGGUAGGCUCACGGCCUUGUCUCGCUUCAUACCAAAGCUAGCCGAAUAUAUCAAACCCAUUCUGAGGAGUAUAAAAAAGGACACCACACAACAUUGGAAUGACGAUUGCGAAGCAGCAUUCGACAAAGUCAAACAUAUACUCACCCGCCCUCCCAUUAUGGCUCGACCAGACGCUGGAUCCAACUUACUGCUAUACAUUGCGGCAUCCCAUCAUGCCGUAAGCGCUGCCUUGAUACAGGAGGUUCCAUCAUUCAAGCUUAUAUACUUUAUCAGCCGUAGACUUCAGGGAGCGGAAGAGAGAUAUUCUCAAAUCGAGAAGAUCGCAUUGGCCCUCCUUACGGCUUCGCGUCGACUCCGACCAUACUUCCAAAGCCACCAAGUAAUAGUUCGUACCGAUCAUCCUAUUGCUAAGAUACUCCGUAAACCCGAUUUAGCGGGACGCAUAGUUUCAUGGUCGAUAGAACUGUCAGAGUUCGGUCUCCGCUAUGAGCCACGGGGAUCCGUUAAGGGUCAACAUUUGGCAGACUUCGCCACCGAAUUAGUACCCCCACCUGGAAAUUCAACAUUAAAGUGGCUCCUCAGCGUCGACGGAUCCUCAGACAAAAAGGGAGGAGGAGCCGGUGUUCUCCUGGAAGGACCGGAUGGCUUAAUUAUAGAGCAAGCCAUCAUGUUCAAAUUUCAUGCCAGCAACAAUCAAGCAGAAUAUGAAGCCUUAAUUGCUGGUCUAUCCCUAACCGUCGAGCUCCAGAUUACUUGCCUAGAGUGUCGGAUGGAUUCGCAGUUGGUUGUCGGACAAAUGAACGGAACUUAUCAAGUCAAGGAUAAUCAGUUGCUGCGCUAUUUCCACAAAACUCAGACCUUGCUUCAAAACUUCACAGAGUUUAGCAUCGUCCAUAUACCCAGGGAGCAAAACGCAAGGGCAGACAUCUUGUCUAAAUUGACUCACUCUAAGGAGCGAGCACAGUUAUCUUCAAUAAUUAAGAUGACGCUAGACCACCCAGUCGUGGAAGCACUCGCCAUCGACAUGUCGACCCCUAGAGUAGACUGGCGCCUAAAGGUCAAAGAUCUUAUGAUGAAACAAGAACAAGGAGAGGACAUUAGCGUGACCGACUCCAAACGCAUUGCACGUUAUGUGUGCAUAGGCGACGACCUUUAUCGUCGCGGGCACAGCACUCCCUUAUUGAAAUGCAUAUCCGAGGAAGAUGCCGACUACGUUUUACGUGAGUUACAUACAGGGAUAUGUGGAUUCCAUUCAGGCAAACGAACACUCAAGGCCCGGAUUCUUCGCGCAGGAUAUUACUGGCCCACGAUCGACCACGAUUGUGACGAAUUCGUAAAGAAGUGUGUCUCCUGUCAAGCACAUGGCCACGAAAUUCACGCCCCGCCAGAGGAAUUGCACUAUAUUGUCGCCCCAUGGCCGUUCGCUCAGUGGGGUCUCGACAUAGUCGGACCACUACCACCUGCCAAAGCACAAAACAAGUUCCUCCUUGUUGCGGUCGACUACUUCACAAAGUGGAUAGAAGCCGAACCAUUGUCCGUCAUUAGUGCCCAACGGGUGCAGAAAUUCAUCUGGCACCUCGUCUGUCGAUUUGGUCUGCCGCAAAAAAUCAUUACUGAUAAUGGUCGACAAUUCAUCGAACGUAAGCUAGAAGAAUUCCUUAACAGUUUGGGCAUCAAACAUAUCACCUCAUCAGUCGAACAUCCACAAACGAACAACCAAGCCGAGGCCGCAAACAAGGCCAUACUCACUGAAUUAAAGAAACGACUCGGCGAAGCUAAAAGUCUGUGGGUAGAGGAGCUGCCAGAGGUCUUGUGGGCAUAUAGAUGCACUCCUCACGGAUCCACAGGAGACACGCCAUUCAACCUGACUUAUGGCACCGAUGCCAUGCUCCCGGUCGAGGUCGGAGAACCUUCAUUAAGACGAAAUAUCACAGAUAUGUCACUCAAUGAAGAACAGCUACGAAUGAAUCUCGACGUCCUUCCUGAACGUCGAGAGAUCGCCACCAUCCGGGCCAAGGCACAAAAGAGAAUGCUCAGUCGCCGUUACAACAGCAAGGUCAAACCCAGAUCCUUCAAAAGUGGCGAUUUAGUAUGGAGGAAACGAGGAGAAGCUAGGAAAGAUCGCACACACGGUAAGCUAGCCGCCAAUUGGGAGGGCCCUUUCCGUGUAGCCGAGGAGAUGUCUAAUGGCGCAUACCGCCUCCAACUUCUCGACGGGCAGCCCAUUCCCAACACAUGGAAUGCUACUCACCUCAAAUAUUAUUUUAGUUAG